AUUUGUAUUCCUCUGUUACCGAAUUGAGGUCGAAUUUACAAUUUUAUCUUAAAAUAAAUACAAAAUACAUCUCGAACUUCUCGCAAUUAAAUAAAAAAUUCCCUUAUUUAUUUUAUAAGUUAUAAAAAAAAGAAAGAAAUAUGGUUUCAUAUUUUCUUCCUCGUGGGCGAUUCCUAAUCAAAGCUGGUAAUCUUCGUGAUACACAAAAACAAACUAACAAAUGGCCAGUUAGAUGGACAUUUCGUCGUCAAUUAACCACAAAACCACAAGAUUCAAAAGUUGAUUCUUUACUACAACAAAAAUCAACAACAACAACAAUUCUCACAGCAAACAAAGAAAACUCUUCAUCUUCGCUAAACUCACUGAAAAGACAAAAAAAUCCUUGGUUCAGUUGGAGUGGUUUAUUAUUGCGAUGGGCACCGAUGGGUUUUUGUGUCUUUGGUGCCAUCGAAUGGCAAUGGCAUCGAAAUAAAGUACAAAAACAAAAUUUGCCCCGAACUGCUUCCGAUUUUCAAGCAAAAGUUUAUUGUUCACUUCCUUUGAGAAUAAUAAGUCGUUGCUGGGGUUGGUUAGCUAAUUGUUACAUUCCAACUAAUUUCCGUCCAUUUGUUUAUGGCUGGUAUUCGAAUAGUUUUGGGGUUAAUCUUGAAGAAGCACUUUAUUCUGAUUUAACUCAUUAUGAAAGUUUAGCGGAAUUCUUUACGAGACCUUUGAAAGAAGGAGCACGAGUUGUUGAUCCUCAUUGUGCUUUAGUGUCCCCAGCUGAUGGAAAGGUCUUACACUUUAGCACAGCUUCACAAUCUGUUGUGGAACAGGUUAAAGGUAUUAACUAUCGAAUUGACUCGUUUCUUGGUCCGAAUAGUUGGGUCAAGGACAUAGAUAGUUCAAACCCAGAUUACGCGGAAGCUAUCCGAAUGAAAAAGAAUGAGGAAACAUCGAUAUUCCAAUGCGUGAUUUACUUGGCUCCUGGGGAUUAUCAUCGUUUCCAUUCCCCCGCCGAUUGGGAACCACAGAUUCGUCGUCAUUUUACAGGGGAAUUGUUAUCAGUCAGUCCUAAAAUUGCCACUUGGUUGCCAGGACUAUUUUGUGUCAAUGAACGGGCUUUGUAUAUUGGCAAAUGGUUGCAUGGAUUUUUUAGCUUUACAGCAGUUGGAGCGACAAAUGUUGGAUCUGUAAAGAUUUACGUCGAUGAACAAUUGAAGACUAAUCGUUGGGUUGGACUUAAAGUCGGUUCACAUAAGACUUGUUCGGAGUUUGAGGAACUCCAAUUGCCAGAAGGCACGAAACUGGGAAAAGGAGAUCUUCUUGGACAGUUUAAUAUGGGAAGCACAGUUGUUCUAUUGUUUGAAGCUCCAAAGAACUUUAAAUUCACGAUAAAAGAGGGACAAACAAUUCGAAUGGGAGAACCUCUAGGACAUGUGGAAAAGAAGUAACAAAACCAGUGAUCAUCUCUGUGGAAAUGGAUUGAAUCUCUUUUUCCAGAAAAGACACCUUUAGGCUAUUCUCUGAAGCUGUGGGUUCAACUUAUUUAUUCAAACGAAGUUGAUUAAACCCGUAAAAAAAAAGCAAACAAGAAUGCUUGCAUGUAAUUUUUUCUUUAAUUGUGCUUUAUAUUAUUUUUUGUUUUUUUUUUUUUUUAACUAAGAUACAAAGAAAAUUGUUAUUGUAAAUAUUUUUCAGAGAUAGAUAGAUUUUUUGUAUUAAAUAAAAAAAAAAAUGCUACUACAAACCGAUCUUAUAAAUUUUCCUUAAUUUCUAUUUUAUUAUUUUCGUUAUCAAAUAAAACAAAAAUAAUUUAUUUUUUUUUUGUAAUC